AUGGCGGAUUCCGAACUUGAAUGGGGACUAGUGUUCGACGCCUACGGUAAUAUCAACAUUCUACGAUCUCCAUUCUUCGACGUGGGAUUUGAACACGACGACACCAUCAGAGAUUACUUGGAUCGAAUUCUCCCCAUCCUUGUGCUCGUCAUCGACGGUCAAUUUUUCGACUACGAUUGGAGCCUCGUCGGCCACCCACCACCCUCAUCUCCUCCGGCUACCUUCCCAACAACGACGUUCCUCGGCUCCUCCUUCGUGGCGACCUCAUUUCUGCAAUUGUAUUCAUCUGGUAACUUAUUGCUUAUUGUUUCUUCACAGGAGAUCCAUGACUACUUGAAAAGCCUUUGCCCUGAUUUGCAUGUUUCACGUGGUGAAUAUGAUGAGGAUACUCGUUACUCAGAGACUAAGACUCUUACAAUUGGUCAGUUCAAGCUCGGGCUAUGUCACGGCCAUCAGGUUGUUCCAUGGGGUGAUUUGGAUUCCUUGGCAAUGCUUCAAAGGCAAUUAGAUGUAGACAUCCUUGUCACAGGCCACACACACCAAUUCAAGGCCUAUAAACAUGAGGGGGGUGUUGUCAUCAACCCUGGUUCUGCAACUGGUGCAUAUAGCAGCAUCACUUAUGAUGUUAACCCAAGUUUUGUGCUUAUGGAUAUCGAUGGACUUCGCGUCGUGGUCUAUGUUUAUGAGCUAAUCGACGGAGAGGUGAAGGUCGACAAGAUCGACUUCAAGAAAACUGCCCCCACCCAAUCUGCUCCCUGAAUUUCUGUUUUUUAGUCAGUUAUGAUCUAUUGGAUGACAU